AUGGCACCCCUUCCCGAGCGGCACAGCUGCCAAUGUUGUGAAGUGUGUGUAGUUUUUGAGGCGAGCAACCCAAAUGAUGAACGAGACUCUGCAAUGUGCUAUUGUGGACACACUUUUCUUCACCAUGCAGUUCCGGUGGUCUAUCCACCACCAGUCCCUGCCACGCCACUUCCACUCCCUCUGAAAGGAGGUUGUCCAGUAUCGGGAUGUGUUAAAUUCAAACAAGGAAAUAGUCUUGCAGGACCGAUCACACCACAAUCCCUUUGUGUUUGUGGUCAAUGUUGGCUUGCACACGUCAAAGUCACACCAGCAACUGCGAGUCUAACACCUCCACCGACACCAACUGUAGUAGGCACCCCAGCUAUGGCCUGGCCUCCCCCAUCUCAAGUCAGAUCAGGCACGAGUAAUGAGCGCCAUGUGCAAUCAUAUACAUCAUUUCGUCCGGCUGUGGGUGUACCAGGAACUGCCAGUCCUUUUAGUCCUUUUCCUACCAGCAUGCGGCCUGCAAACUCUGGUUCAACUCGAACUUCUUCUCGCCCAGUUCGGCUGUCCAGUCAUGCUGCUAUGAGAAGAAGCUCUGUUCAGGAAUCUUUGAGAUUUGACAUCGUAUUUUUACCAUAUCCAUUUUCAUCUUCUCUUGAGAUUGAGUCCGACGAGCCAUUUCCAAAGGACCUAAGACUAAGUCGCCAAAAGCUCCCAGAUAUUCUUCGUCGACUUCGGCACCACAACCUUGUGAUAGAUGUCACACUUUCAACAUCUGAUCCACAGCGCUUGGUGAUCAACGAGCUUCAUGAGCACAUCACAUCGCACCUUGCUGCCCAUACCAUCCACUUCCCAGCUUCCCCGCUUUUUGACACCAAUACGACUGUCCACGCGCCACAAGUCGAGUAUGAAAGGGCCGACUGGCUUAUAUUACAGCUCGGAAAACUCAACCGUGAUGGUACAUCCUACACGUUAAAGACAGCUGCAUUGACCACAUGGCAGCUCACUGUGGCAGCCCUCGUCGACAACAUGAACAAGAUCUCCAGAAAUAUGAAGAAUCCUUUCAGCGACACACCACUUCUAUUCAUCGCACCUCGUUUUGGGAAGCUUACUGGGCCUAUCGAUACCACAAAAAGGUCGAGCUGGAACCCAUCGUGCUUGUCAGCUUGUCCUGGCUAUGGUAUUGAACAGCGUCUUGAUCGAGUUGAUGACGAUGAUGAUUGUUUCAAUGAGUCGCUCUCGUCUACUAUUGCUUGUGGUCCAAUACUGCAGUCAGAGAACACUUCCCCCGCACAUCCUGCCCACUCCAACGUCGCUGACUGGCAAGCAUAUGUACAAGACCAUGCAUUGGAUGGUAGGCAUACAGAGAUUCAACCUUGGCGUGGUCAAGGAAAGACAGUGGAAGAUGUUGCUGAUCUUUUGACGGCCUUCAUAUACUCUAAGUAUGGGGGUAUUUCCCUCAGCAUGGCCUCGUUGCCAUCAGGACUCAUCGUUGGUUACUCAUAUAAGAAUGAUGGGUCUGACCUCAGCCUCGCCAGUUUGUUUAUGUCGGAGAGAACUUACAAAGUUGGUGAGGGCCUUGGGGAAGGUGUCGAGCGAUCCGUCCUUGCUCAAGCUAUCCAGAAGUCGACAAGUGAACUAUCCACUUGGGUGGAGACCAUGGAUGGGUUCAAGAGCCUUUCGACCCUCCCAUUUGGGGUGUUGGACCCAAAGAUGGCGUGUAAACUCAAGACCCAUGGCCUGUUGUGUGCCUUGCACAUUUUCGCACUUGGCCAACCACCCGUACCAUGUUCUCCGUUUUUACUCAUUUACGUCCUGGGAAACUUCAAUCUUCUUUUUGAUACCUCGUAUAUUAGGAUGUUGGCACCUGAAGCAGCACAUGCGCUGUCUGUGAUUCCAUCGAACCAUAACAGCCCUCUUGACCUCUCACCCACUGGACCUCUUGCAUCAUUGUUAGCGACAUAUCUUAUGAUUCAGCCUGCACAACUUGCGCAAGAUAUGUUACCUGCAAGACGUCUCGAGUUGCAACGGCAGCUUUAUGCUGGUGUUCUUCUUGGAUGUCCAUCAGCAUUCACGUUAGAUGUCCCUCAAGAAUUCUUAGCGUUUGCUGAAGGGUUCGAUGCGUAUGUUAGUGAAGAGAUACCUUCCUUGGCAUCUACCUUGCGCCCGUCAUUGGAAGGGCUGAUUGCUGAGCUUUAUCAGCAACAUUUCAUUUCUACUGCUCAGCUCAUUCAGCGCCUUGAAUUUGAGGUUGCACAGAUAUCUGAAUCUGAUGGUGGGCAUGCGCGCAGGCCUGUCAUUGACUCAGAUACGGAAGCGGCUUUCAUCUUGAGGUUUACUCGAGAGCACAACACGCACAAUGCUGCGAUGCAAGCAGUUUAUGCUGCAAAUGUCUGGAAGUUGUAUUCUUCCAGCGAAUCCGAAGCAAAAUUUCUGUGGCUUCCACAGAGAUAUGCACAUUCAAAACCACCAGGGGCGGGCGCUGAUUGGGAGCCGGCCACCUAUCCAAUGCACUUUCAGACAUGUUCCUACCGAGUGAACAUUCCACUCACAAAAGCCAUCAUCUCCUCUCUCGCUGAUCCAAUCCCAGAUGAUGACAAUACAGUGACAGAUUUUGAUCUUUGGAUCCAUUCUUCUCUCUUCGCUUUUUCAGGGCCCUCUAGCUUUAAUAUCCUUUGA